AUCUUUCAAGGAAGCCUGCAGCAGCAUAGAAAGAAGGCUGCAUUUUCUACCUCUGGCAGACCCAGUCUCCUGCACUGGCUCCCCUGAUGGCAGUUGGCACUUCCCUGUGAAACCUGCCAAGCUGGCCGCCACAGCCUUGAACGACUGCACUUUGGCUGCCACUGCACCCUCUCCCGAGACUUCCGACCAUGCAGUCCUAGCCUGUAACACAGGCAUUCAUGAAGAGCACUAUGUAAGUGAAGCCGUGGAAAAUGAGGUGUCAGACUACAGGGAGUACAGAGAUGCCGGCACUAUUACUGAUGUGUGCAACAGUACUGAUCUUCCGGAAGUUGAAAUCAUCAGCCUGCUGGAAGAGCAGCUGCCCCACUACAAGUUAAGAGCUGAUACAAUCUAUGGUUAUGACCACGACGACUGGCUUCAUACUCCACUCAUUUCUCCUGAUGCUAAUAUUGAUUUAACAACUGAGCAAAUAGAAGAGACACUGAAAUACUUCCUUUUAUGUGCUGAAAGAGUGGGCCAGAUGACUAAAACAUACAAUGACAUUGAUGCUGUUACACGACUUCUUGAAGAGAAAGAGCGGGAUUUAGAAUUAGCUGCUCGGAUUGGCCAGUCAUUGUUAAAGAAGAAUAAGUCUCUAACUGAGAGGAAUGAACUCCUUGAAGAACAAGUUGAGCAUAUCAGAGAAGAGGUUUCUCAGUUGCGCCAUGAACUGUCCAUGAAAGAUGAACUGCUUCAGUUUUAUACCAGUGCUGCUGAAGAGAGUGAGCCAGAAUCCAUCUGUUCAACCCCGCUGAAGAGGAAUGAGUCGUCUUCAUCUGUCCAGAACUAUUUUCAUUUGGAUUCUCUUCAAAAGAAACUCAAAGACCUUGAAGAGGAAAAUGUUGUGCUUCGAUCAGAGGCUUGCCAGCUGAAGACCGAAACCAUUACUUAUGAAGAGAAAGAGCAGCAACUUGUAAAUGACUGUGUGAAAGAACUCCGAGAUGCAAAUAUUCAGAUUGCCAGUAUCUCUGAAGAAUUAGCCAAGAAAACUGAAGAUGCUGCCCGUCAGCAAGAAGAAAUCACCCAUCUUCUUUCCCAGAUAGUGGAUUUGCAGAAAAAGGCAAAAGCUUGCACGGUGGAAAAUGAAGAGCUUGUCCAACAUUUGGGAGCAGCUAAAGAUGCCCAAAGGCAGCUCACAGCAGAAUUACGAGAGUUGGAAGACAAGUAUGCAGAGUGUAUGGAAAUGCUUCAUGAGGCACAAGAAGAGCUGAAGAACCUUAGAAACAAAACAAUGCCAAAUGCCAUAUCACGCCGUUACCACUCAUUAGGCCUUUUCCCUAUGGAUUCCUUGGCUGCAGAAAUUGAAGGCUCAAUGAGAAAAGAACUGCAUCUGGAUGAUUCUGACUCCCCUGACUUAACGCAUCCCAAGAGAGUGUUUGACACAGUGCGGAACAUCAACCAGGUGGUAAAGCAGAGAUCGUUAACUCCAUCUCCAAUGAACAUCCCAGGAUCUAACCAGUCAUCAGCCAUGAAUUCAGUAAUUUCUAGCUGUGUCAGCACACCACGAUCCAGCUUCUAUGGAGGAGACAUAUCCAAUAUUGUGAUAGACAACAAGACUAAUAGUAUCAUCCUAGAAACUGAAUCAACUGACUCUGGAAAUGAAGAAAAGAACAAAAAGCCUGGAACCCCGGGAACACCUGGAUCUAGUGACCUGGAAACAGCUCUUCGGAGGUUGUCCCUUAGGAGAGAAAACUACCUAUCAGAAAGGAAGUUCUUUGAAGAAGAGCAGGAAAGAAAGCUAAGAGAGUUGGCUGAGAAGGGGGAACUCCAUAGUGGCUCCAUUACUCCAACAGAGAGUAUCAUGUCAUUAGGAACUCACUCCAGGUUUUCUGAAUUUACUGGAUAUUCAGGAAUGUCCAUCAGCAGUCGUUCAUACCUCCCAGAGAAGCUUCAGAUUGUGAAGCCCUUAGAAGGUUCUGCCACUUUGCACCAUUGGCAGCAGCUUGCUCAGCCUCAUCUGGGGGGCAUCUUGGACCCACGGCCUGGGGUGGUCACUAAGGGCUUCCGGACUCUUGACCUCGACGUGGAUGAAGUAUACUGCCUUAAUGAUUUUGAAGAAGAUGAGUCAGGUGAAAUUACAUACAAGGGCCUAACUACCUCGACGCCAGUUCAGCACACAGAGACCUCAGUACAUCAUCCUGGGAAGUGCAUGUCACAAACCAACUCCACCUUCACCUUCACCACCUGCCGCAUUCUACACCCUUCCGAUGAGCUCACACGAGUCACUCCAAGGUCAUGUGAGGAAGACGAUGAAACUGCUUUAUGUCACCUUAUGCUGAGAGGAGAUGUAGGGCACACAAUAUGACCACCGUGACAGGGGGUGAGCAGCACUGCCAGCAACCUGUAUGCUAGCAGCGUCCUAUAGAAGGAAUGCUAGAGUUUGUGGCACCAGCUAACUCAGAGGUUUCUUACGAUCCCCGUCCUCCCACACUUUCCAUCCUAAUCUAACAUCCUAACACAAGCUGACCUAACCAAAAUUCUAAAUUCCAUGUAGCAAAGUUCAUGCUUUAGAAUCUAAUAACCACUAAUUCUGAGGCACAAGGCUUUUCUUGGGAGGGAACGCCUCAUUUUUUGUUUUGUUCUGAGAACAUAUUUUGCCUACCCUGUCCUCUUCCCCCUAACAAGGCUCUCUUGUUAGUAAAGGGCCUGUUACUAGUCAUUAUAACAUUUGGCGUCCACCCCACCAAGUGCCUGUGAGUCAACUUGAGUUUGAGUAUAGUCGUCACAGUAAUCUGAAAUCAGUAGCCUGUCUUUUAGUCAACAACACUGAUGUAUUUACUAUUUGGAGAAGAACGCGUGCAAAAAACACACCCUCAGACAGAGGGGGCUUACAGGCAACAUCUGUUAUUGCUUCCAAGGAGCAUGGCAACUGAGAAGGAAGCACAAGAAAUACAAAGUUUAGGUGCCCCUGAUAACUAAAAGCAAACCUUUCCUAAUCUGUUGUGCCGGUAAAUAAUGAAUCCUCCAGAACUGAACAUUUAUGAGUUUGAAACACGUUUAUCCUUCUAAAUGGCAAUUUAUGAGUACAAUAAUUUACUACCCAUAGAGGUCUUGAAACUUUAAUAACAGAUCACUGUUGACAAAGGUCAGAAAGGGUCUGUGACAGGUGAUAGUGUAUGCCACACUUAAAACACACAACAUCUCGCAUGCUAAGAGAUACAAGUUCAUGUUUGUGUGAACCAGUGUUUCCACAUGUCUUUUCUUUAUGUUUAUACCUAAUUUCACUGUAGUAGCUCCAGUUGAUUAAAUCUGAAUGUUUGCAUACAAAAAACCACACAGAGAUGGUAGUUUAGUAAAUGAAGCCUAGAAGGAAUGGUGGAGGAGCUGUCGCAAAUGUUAAUUUCACAAGAAUAAGUAUUCUUCCCAGAAUAAAAUCCUCCCUUUCCCUGAAGCCAUUCCCAGUUGGAUGUAUCCAGUGACUGGAUGUAUCCAGUUUGUGUAGCCAAUCUUUCUCUAACCCAACUGUAAAACCCUUUGCAGGCACCUUCUAAACAGCAUGGGCCAUUUAGGGGCAAAUUUAGAGACCAUUUAUCAAUAAAGAAUAGGGUAGAGAGUAGACCAAUGUACAAAAUCAUUGUGAGUUGCUCUGUACAUACAGCACUAUAGAUCCUCAGUAGAUAUACACCUUAAGGCAAGACACCCAUAAAAAUAUUCAUAUACUAGAUCAAAUGGAAAACUAUUUCUGGUCCCAUACAUUUCCUCAUUGGCUGCUUGCAUUCACCACACAGAAAUAGAGACUUUACAGCCCAUGAAGUUUUUGUGGGUUCCGGCAGAGAGUAAGCUUGGCCUCCAAGCCUUGCCCCUACAGGAAUCUCCACUAUUAUCUCAGAUUGGAAAUGACAAUAGGGACACUUGACUGCAUGGAAUUUAACUCAUGUUAGAAGGUGCAGUCACGUGUCCCAGAAGUGGCUGUAGCUUCUUUCCUGUGCCCCUCACUGCCCUUGAAUGGGAGGGUGAGAGAUACGUGCCUGGCUCAGCUAGCUUUGGCACCAGGGGCUACUGAGACUCCUCCUCUAUUGUAUGAGAGGCACAGAGCAAGUAAAAACGGGAGGUGCUGACAUAAGUGGGCAUAGCCACAGCCACAUCAUCAGAGCCAUGGAGGGGCAAGGUGCAGAGAUUCCCCCCACCCAUCUUAAGCUGGUUCUGCUUCCCUGCAUGAAGCUUUGAUCGCAAGAUAGCCUACUGUUUUUUUGAAAGCGUACACAUCAUCUGUUGCCUGCAACUUAAUGAUGUAUUUCAAGUCCCAAAUCUGAAAAUACAAGAGUUUGGGUAUCCCAAGGCUCCUUGUAUAGCUACUUAUUUAGAUCCCAUGGCUCCCUUCUUAAAGCAAGAGCACCUGUCAACUUUCUUCUAAAUGUGAAACUAUGUAGUAGUGUUACUGAGGUCAAAGAGUUCCUUAGCAAUAAUUGCUGCUGCUCUGACAUUUUUUAUGUAGCUGCGCACUUUUGCCUGCCAGCCCAACUCCAGGACCUUUUAAACCUGGCCAAAUUGAUAUUUCAGUAGCUCUUCUCCUCACCUGCUCUGUUACCUUAUAGUACCUUCACUGUAGAGUGUGACAAACCAAUGGCUCCCACUGGAGCUUACUAGCUGAUUAUUUUACAUUGGCCUUGUGUACAAAGGACUGCUUUGUGCACAAGGCCAGGGAAUACAGAAGCUACUGAAAUACCUGCACAAGAUGCAGUAGGGACUAAUGCUUUGACAUAGGAAAUUAUUGUGCAUAGGGGAGGAUUGUUAAGUAAUUGUUCUAACCAUUCAUGCAUGUGUGCAUGAUCACAUAAAGAUGUUCUCAUGCAUUUUAUUUCUUGUCCUGUGUAGUGAUUUCACAUGUCACAAAAACUGGCAGCAGUUUGUAAUGGUGUAUAGCACUGUGAGGUGGAUAUGUCAGUGGAUAAGCAUGUGGAAUCACCACAUGUCUGUAUGCCCAAAGGGAAAAUGCAGUGCUCUCCAUUUUUUUCUCCUCACUGUGCAUGAUGCAGUGAUGUCGCUAUUCCUCGUGGCCUCCACCACAGUUCCCAUAUCAAACCAGUGGUUCACAGAUAAAUGUCAUUUAUCGUACUCUCAGCCAAACUUGCUGGUUGAACUAGCAACUGGAUACAGGUGUACAGUACAAGAACACAUGUGGAAACAUCUGCAGCACAUCAGGGAACAGGUUCUUGUGAAGACUCAAGACAAGAUUAAUUUAUUUUUCAGAUUCUGUAGGCUUUACUUCUUUGCUUUUCUUAGAACAGCUUUACACAGUGACUUAAAACUCACAUAGUUUGCUCAAAAUAAGACAGCUCGUUCUGCAUGUGGAACCAGUUUUUCAAACUGAUCCCUUAUCCCAGUCAAUCUGACAUAGUUUGUUUCAUUUUCAAAACUUGUCAAGAACCUGGAAUUCUUCCUCAGACUUGUUUAACCUAUAAAAUAAGUUCUUAAGCUGCAUGUUUACAGAACAUCCCUAAACAACUGCACAGUUCCAAUCUUGGUCUUCUGUGACUGCUAAUGUGUGGAAUUGUCUUUUAUAUCAAUACUUCUGCUAGGCCUAUGCACUUUGACCUGCAUUUUCAAAGAUAGUGUGGAUAACAACACAGUGGUUUGGGAUCUUCUGUAUGAAUCUGUUAGGCUUAAUCUGCAUAUUUGUUUAAUAUACUGCCUUCCUGACAACAAUAGCACUCAAGGCAGCUCAUAAUAACAUUCAGAUUAAAAAUUAAUUCAGAUUGAAACAACUGAGUGCAAAACAUGAAGAAACAAACACCAGUCAGUUUAAAACACCUUCAUCCACUAGUCAGCCCACAUGCCUGCUACAUAAAAAUGCAUGUACCAGCUGCUGGUGGUAGAUCAAGGAGGGGCCAACUUGACCUCUGUCAGUAGGACAUUCCACAGCCAGAAAGUGGCUACAGAGAAGGUCCUCCCUCGUUUCUUUGCGAAAUGUGUACUGUAUACACAUUUAUACACAGUGUGAUAAGAAUGCAUCAUUUAGUUGCAAUACAGAAAACUACUUUUUUUAGCUAUAGUGGCCAAGCUUAAUUCUAUAGCCCUUGAUAGGCUAGUAUUUCCUCAUUCAUUACAGAUCCUUACAGAACACUGGUCAUUCAGAUUCUCCGUGGCACUUUAGUCUGUGAAGCCUGUAAAUAAUAUGAUGCUAUUUUGGUAAUUAGUUGUGUACAGGAAAGACAUCCUGUGCCAUUAAUUAUGAGAAACUUGUGCAAACAAUUUAGGAAUAAGCAUCCACUGAAUACAUUAUCCUGAUUAAGAUACACGAAUCAUUCUUCUUAUCAAGCUAAACAUGAGCAGCUGUGAAUCCUUCAAAAAACUAGCAGUGUUUCCAUAAAAGGUCUUUUAUAUUUGAACAACUACUUUCCUCCCGUCUACCAGUCAGGAGCAAAAAUGUUAGCAUAUAUGCCACUACUGGAUAUGAACCCAGUGAAUUUUUGUGCUCAUUAUGAUGUAACAACUGAUGGUAUAAGAAUUGCUACCAGCUGUAUCUGUGUUCAGCUUGGUUCCCAUAGCUGUUAUCUGUGCAGGAGAACUUCAGUAUGAACCAUCCCCUUGACACUGCUUACACUAGGGACCUCUUUUAUCUCACAAAGUGAAUUUUCACCAAUUUAUCUAGUAGAAAUAGCUUACAAAGUUAAAAAAAAUAGGAAUUAUCAAAGUCAGGAACUCAUUAACAUCAUUUUAAAUGUUGCUAUUGGUUUUCGUGAGGGAUUUUAUUUUGUUUUGCUGCAGGUAUCCUUACUGAAGAUGUGUGUGUUUGGUUUCUGAAUUUUAAGACUUAGGAGAACCUUAUAAUUCAUGCUCUGCUAGACAGGAAUUACUAUGUUACCAUUGUAAUCGGAAUGUCUUGACAGCAGAAAACUCACUUUUAAAGGAAAAAAUCUGCAAUCUGGGAAAAGAAAAGCAAGUUCUGUAGUUAUUGUGACUAAUAGAAUUGACUGAGCAUUUAGAUAAACCUGCAUGCAUUUUAGAAUGUGUCUUGUCUGUUUUGCAUUUUUUAAUGUGACUGAUUUCUGAAUAGUAUUGUUUGUUUGUUAGUACUGACCUGUUUGUUGCUUGGAGUUUGCUUGGAGAUGAUGAGAAAUAAGGAGAUUUAUCCCUUUCCUGUGAUUUAAGGUUAAUGCCCAUUAAGCAUGGCAACUUUACAAAAGAAGAGUAAUCUGAAGGUUAAUAGUUAUUAUAUAAUUGAAUGU